GUAAAAACUGCGUCUGUGGCUUUAAGAGCCGAUCAACAGCAACAGGGGGCGUCAGUGAUCAGUCAAGUUUCAGUUUCAAGUCAGUUGAGCUUCGCUGUUUCUUUUAGUGUUAGUACGGGCAGCCUGCCCACAGUUUAGAAAAAAGGAAGUAGGCUACUGAAGUUACACUGUGUACAGGGCUCUACGUGUAUUCACUUGGUGGAGCAAUAAACGAACAAACAGUGCAUGCAGUUUUAAGUCUCGGAGCUGUAAUGUGCAGCUGUCACUGUAGAAGAGCAACGAGCAGCAAAUGAUAAGCAUGUGAGAACGUUAUGAUCAGAGUACUGCUACACAAAGAAACAGCAUCACCUGAAGUAUGCAGAUUUACACUCAGCGUCCUGUAUGUUAGGAACACCAAGCUCACACUGAGUCAGUCUAACUCAGAGGUCCUGCAGCUCAUUUAAUCCUCACUGAUAAGAGUUCAGCAGGAUCGCUGCUUAUUAUAACUGCUGCGGUCAGUUUUAAAGCCAGCGAGGAUUACUUCUUACCAGGGUCUGUGUCCUGAUUUUAAAUUAUUUUGAACCACGAUCUCUAAAUCCUCCGCCUGUCCCCACUCUGACAAAGAGGAAGCAGACGUUGAAAGAGAGAGAUGUGACCAAAGCUGACCUUUGUGUUGUUGUCACAGACCGCGACAAAGACUAAAGUCACAGACUGAAAUAAACAAGGAAAAUAAAAACUAUGACAUGAGCUUCCCUGUUUCUCUCUAUAUAUAUUUUUGCUGGGGGUGUUUGUGAGGAAUUUCCUUCCUCCUCUCUCCCCUUGAUCACUGAAUCACGUGACAGUUGGACAAUAACAACACAGUAGGGCUGGAGGAACGGGGCAGACCCUGCGGAGACCCGAGUCCUUACAGGACAGAGAAAAAUAAUGAUCCUUUCACAUUAGCAUUGAUUUCAUACCAGUACUGGGGUUGUAUGUGCCAUCUAUAUUUGGAUCGAUCCGCCCACCACUACCAAACAGCAGGCUGCAGAAAUGUCGUCGGUUGUAGUUUUCUUCUCCCUCCCGAUGUUGGUGGCUUCUGCGUUGAAAGAGGUUUGUGUGAGGCCUGGACAAGAUGCCACUCUUCAGUGUUGGGGUCCCAGAGAUGCACACAUCACCCUGCUGGAGUGGAGCAGGCCGGAGCUCAUCUCACAGGGUUAUGUGUUCUUCUUCCAAGACCAGCGCUCGUACGAGAACUACCAGCACGAAUCCUUUAAAGGCCGAGUGCAGCUGAGAGACUCAUCCAUGAUGGAUGGAGAUGUUUCUGUGAUUGUGAGGAACGUCAGCAUCAGCGAUACAGGAACUUAUGAGUGUCAGAUUACAACCAGCAGCACCAGAAAUGGCGAGAGAGUCGUCAAAGAGUUCAAGCACUCCAUCAACCUCACAGUCACAGAGUCUGUUCAUAUAAACAUCACAGCUGGACAGAACGUCAUUCUGCCAUGUCAAGCUCCAAAUAUCGACAGCAAUUCCAAGGCAGUUGUAAAGUGGAGCAGAGCUGACCUUGGAAAACAUUAUGUUCUUUUGUAUCGGGAUGAACAGGUUGAUCCAGACGAGCAGCAUCCAUCUUUUAAGAACCGGGUGGAUCUGCAGGACAAACAGAUGAAGGAUGGAGACGUGUCUUUGAUUCUGAAGCAUGUCACGACUGCUGAUAGUGGAAUAUACGAGUGUCGUGUCUUCAGGAGAAGAACAAACCGCAGGAAGAGAGCUCAUCUGGAGACUCCCCCCAUCAGCAUCAUCAGUCUAAGUGUUGAUCCUCCAGGUCAGCCAGGAGGACACACAGAGGAUGGAGUCAGUAGAGGACAUCCUGGACUGGUAGCUGCUUUGUCACUUUUUGCUGUGAUUGCUUCUUUGGCGAUCUUUAUAAAACUAAAACCUCCUCCUAAAACCCUUACAGACGAUAUUUAGUCUGUUAACAUUUUUUACUGUAUUUUUCCACUAUAUUUUAUACAUAUUUAGUUUUUUUUACUAUCUUUUACUGUACUGUACUGCUGAGUGACUGUCUUCCUUUCGUCAAAUAUAUUUAAUUGCAAUGUAGACCCUGUGCUUACUUGCAUAUGACAAAUAAAACUGAAACUAAACUGAGAAUGGUCUGUGGCAUUUCAUCAGACUUGGGGGCUUCGGAGCUGGUUUUUGUUGCCAUUUUCCCCUUUACCAGGUUUCAAAAUUGAUUUUUUUUGAAAGACACUCUCAUGACUCAUUGAGUCACGCUGUUGACCAGCAAAUAUGAGAUAUGCAGUCUGACAAUGUCACAUGAACCCUGAGCAGGUAUUAUUUUAGUAUCUGAUACCAGGUAGUAUUACCUAAAGGAAAACCCCGGUGAACAAUUGCAAGUUGAUUAUAGUAGGUAACAAUAAAUUACCAAAGUAAUAAAAUUAACAACAUUUAUAACAAAAAUAGUAGCAAUAAUAUCCCUGAAAAGGAUAAGCAGCAGCGAAUGGAUGGAUGGAUAGUAGCAAUAAUAACAACAACAUUAACAAUAACAGUAAUAGCAUGGUAAUAACAAUAACACCCAAAAUCCACUGUUAAUAUCUGACACUGCAGCUGUUUUCAAAGAUGAGCUCUUCAGGCACAAACAUGCAGGCUGAAGUCUGUUGACUCUGCUU